AUGAUGAUAAAAAAUAUUAUUUUAACAUUCGUUUUCUUAACUUUUUUAAGUUUAUCCAUAGCUACUGAUACUAAUUCUACAAAACUAAAUGUUAAUAAUAAGGAGUUGUAUGCAAAUGCUGGAAAAAAUUCAUCAACAGAUAAUUAUGUAGAAGUUGAAAAAAAUAAGAAUGAAAAAAAAGAAAAGACAUAUCUUGUUUCAGCAACUGAUAUAUCUGGCUUAAUUAAAAUGGUAGAAUCAUUAAAAUCAGAUAGCAAUUUUACUAAUAUGAUUAAAAAGGAGGUAGCAAAAAAUUUAGAGACGAAUAAAACACUUAGAAAAGGUAUAACAAAAGCUAUUGUUGAUAAUAUAAUUGAAAAAAUUAAACGUUCAAUAAAUCCACCAAGAGAAAAAGAAGAUAAUAGUAACGAAAAAGAUGAUUCAGACUUUUGA